CGCUUCUGCGCCUCGGCCACCGCCGCGGGCCUCGCGGAGUCGCUGACGCUCCCCAUCGACAUCACGAAGGUGCGGCUCCAGACCAGCGCCGUCGCGUCCGGACAGCUCGCGAUCGGCCGCGAGAUCGUCGCCACGGAGGGCGUCGGCGCUCUGUGGAAAGGCGUCGUGCCCGCCCUAUUCCGCCAGUGCUCCUACACGGGCCUGUCGCUCGUGCUCUACGAGCCCGUGCGCAACUACAUCGCCGGCGACGUGCCCGCGGCGGAGCUGCCGUUCUGGAAGCGCGUGCUCGCGGGCGGCACCGCGGGCGGGUUAUCGAUUUUCGCGGUGAACCCGACGGACGUCGUCAAGGCGCGGCUCCAGAACUCGCCGGAGUCCCUGCCCGUCGUCGGCACGCUCAAGCAGGUCUGGGCGCGGAGCGGCGUGUCGGGGCUGUGGGCCGGCUGGUCGCCGAACGUCGCGCGGUGCUUCGUCGGCAACGCCGCGGAGCUCGGCUGCUACGACCAGUUCAAGAUGAUGCUCAGCGAGCACGGGCCGGCGGCGUGCACGGAGGGGUCGGCCUGGACGCACCUGGGCGCGUCGACGGGCGCGGGCUUCGUGUCGUCCGUCGCGUCGAACCCCGUGGACGUGCUGAAGACGCGGCUUCAGGCGUCCGCGGGCCUGAGCGACGAGGGCCUCUUCUCCCUGGCGAUGCGCAUCCCGCGCGAGGAGGGCUUCGGCGCCUUCUACAAGGGCUUCUGGCCCCUGUUCCAGCGCAAGGUCACCUGGACCGUCAUCUUCUUCAUGGCCUACGAGCAGCUCCGC